GGUACAUAUCAGUCCCUUCCAGCAAGCGCAGUGCUGUUGAAAGAACUUCAGCUUGGCAGUCGAGAGCAUGUAAAGCUCUGACGGUGAACGGAAUGUUUGUUUUCUGGUUUCUAAGGGGUGGAGCGAGUCUGCUCCUCACUUCUCCACUUCUCCAUGUGUGUUUUCCCUGCAGUUCAUUUCUCAUCCUCCCUGCUGACGUCUGACUUCCGCAUUCCUCGCUCUUCCCGAUCAGGGAUCAGCUCGAGACUCGAGCUGAUGCAACGAUUCCCGCUCUUCAAGAUCUACUCGCGACCUCCAGCUGACGUCACAAAGGGACUCCAUUCGCUCACCUCGAGACCAAAGUCAGCUGUGGUCACGGGCGUUUGUGACAUGAUGCCGGGACAAAUACCGGACCCCUCAGUGACGGCGGGCUCACUGCCCAGUCUGGGGCCUCUAGCGGGCAUUUCUGCCACCACACUGACUGAACACCUGAAAUACGCUGACCUCUGCAACCUUGGGGCCAUGCUGUCCCCUUUACAUCUACUGGGAAAGCUGGGCAAGCGGCCACUCCCUAUUAAAGCCGAGAAAGAUGAAGAGGAAGAGAGGAGGAAAAGAAGGCGAGAGAAAAACAAAGUGGCAGCAGCAAGAUGUCGAAACAAAAAGAAAGAAAGAACAGAAUAUCUACAAAGGGAAUCUGAGCGACUAGAGAUGAUGAACUCAGAGCUGAAAGCACAGAUCGAGGAGCUAAAGCACGAAAGACAGCAGCUCAUACUGAUGCUCAAUCGCCACCGGCCCACCUGCAUCGUGAGGACGGACAGCAUUAAGACGCCUGAGAAAGAAGCCAACCCUCUCCUGGAGCAGGUGGAGGCCAAAUGAGAAGGAACCACACAUUUCCAUGUUACUGUUUACAGGUUAGCUCGUCUCCGGCUAGCUGAAGCACUUGGCUCGAAGCACUUGGACAUUUUAGGGAAGAGAGAAUGGCGUUCUCUGACCUGUGAGGUUGGAGUUUUGAGACUAAACAAAGCAAAAGGAAAAACACACACGGAUGGCCUCAUUAAAAUGGGCUAUGUGUUGGCAGUUACGAAACUUUUGUGGGAUAGUUUUUUUUUUUUCCUGUAAAAGGUUUUUUUUUUUAUUCUAAUAAAGUGCCUUAUUUGUUUUAGUCCAUUUAGGGUUUUUUUUUUUUUGAAAGAAUUGCCUAUAGGUUGUUCUGAAUUCAUUAAAACACUCAUUGAAUUGUUGGACAUGCAUGUUGUGGCCUCGCCAUGUUAACUGGAUGAUACUUCAUGGACUGUCUCAACAUUUAUUCACCAUUUGCUGCCUUCAGUUGCGUAUUUUUUUUUUUUU